AUGACCUGGGUCUUCCAACUCGGCCUCACAAUCGAGUCCGUCCUCAACAUCCUCGGCGCCGGUACCUUCCUCCUCUAUCCAGAAUGGUGCCUCUCCUACACAGUCUCCACGCCCAAGGUCCCCGCCAGCGCCGCCACCUUGUGGCAGACCUACGCCGUCUUGGUCCUCGCCCUUACGUUCCCCAUUCUUCUCUGCAUCCCCAACUCCAAGGGCGUGUUCGAGAAGCGCAAGAUCAUCUUUGAAACGCUUGUUGCAGGCGAGGUGGCCCUGGUUGGACUUUUGUUGUGGCAUGCAGUGAAGCCAGCCGAGGAGAGUGGUUUUAUGCGGAGUGGGCUGAUCCUCGCUACACUGAAUUUGCUGCCGGCUUUGACGUGGCAUUCCUUCUGUAUUUGGGGGGUUCCUGGGUUGAUGGUGGAGAGUGGGAGUGUGGACGCAGGACGGGAAAAGGAGCUGUAA